AUUCUAAUCUUAUCUACAAGAAUUUUUAUUAGAUUUAUUAUUCCAAUAAUUGUUAUAAUCCUUGCAACAACAUUAUCAAAAAAAUUAAUUAAUGACCGAGAAAAAAGAUCACCAUUCGAGUGUGGAUUUGACCCAAAAAGAUCAGCACGAAUACCAUUCUCACUUCGAUUCUUCUUAAUUGCAGUAAUUUUCUUAAUUUUUGAUGUAGAAAUCGCAUUAAUCCUUCCAAUUGUAAUUAUUUUUAAAACUUCAGACAUUAUAAUCUGAACAGUAUCAACAAUAUUUUUUAUUAUAGUAUUAUUAGGCGGACUAUACCAUGAAUGAAAUCAAGGAGCCUUACAAUGAGCAGAAUAA